AUCGAUAUUGUACAACGCUAAUAUUUCUUUUUCCGGUGCCGUAGGUCGUCAAAACACAGAAAACCAUGGCUGAUGUCGAUGUUGAGGUUCCCGCCAACCCCGUCCUGAGCGGCGGUGCUAUGGAUGUGAACACAGCCCUACAGGAGGUCCUGAAGACUGCGCUCAUACAUGGUGGGCUUGUCCAUGGUCUCCAUGAGGCGGCUAAAGCACUUGACAAGAGGCAAGCUGUAUUGUGUGUGCUAGCAGAGAACUGUGACGAGGCUGCAUACAAGAAGCUUGUGCAGGCUCUCUGCAAUGAACAUCAGAUUGCAUUAGUCAAGGUGGAUAACAACAAGAAGCUCGGAGAAUGGGCCGGUUUGUGCAAAAUCGACAAAGACGGAAAGGCUAGAAAGAUCGUCGGCUGCUCAUGUGUGGUUAUCAAAGAUUUCGGUGAGGAGACACCAGCGCUGGACGUGCUCAAGGACUACCUUAAGUCCUCAAGCUAAUCUAGAUGUCUAAGUUAAAUUUAAAAUAAAAAUACAAAAAAAUUG